CGGGGGUGGGGAGGGAGCAGGCCCGGGGGAGCCCGGUUUGCAGGGAAAUACGUGCCCGGAUCCUUUCUUUCUCCCCCCGCGGGGUGGGGGAAGGCUCGCGGGGGGGGGGUCACUUGCUGCCGAGGAAUCCUCCUGCUGCCUGAAAAAGACAGCGAGAGGGAGAGCGAGGCAUUCCCGGCGCAAGGGGGACAGGAGGGGGGGUGUUGGGGGUCAGGCGCCCCCCCCACACACCCCAGGAUUGCAGCUUGGAGAGAGAAGGGGGCGUAUGUGACCAAACCUGACCUCUGGGAAUAACCCGGCCCCUGCUUUUUUAUCUGUUUUUUUUUUGAGGGGGGGUGGGGGGAAUAGACAAAACAUUUGUCAAUUUCCAGUUGCUGUCCAUGAAUGCAAACACCAUGAUUUUCAUGAUCCUGGGUGCCUCUAUCGUUAUGGCAAUAGCUUGCUUGAUGGACAUGAAUGCGCUGUUGGACCGGUUUCACAAUUACAUCUUACCGCAUUUAAGAGGAGAAGAUCGAGUUUGCCACUGCAACUGUGGAAGGCAUCAUGUACAUUACGUUAUUCCAUACGACGGGGAUCAAUCGGUGGUGGAUUCCUCGGAGAAUUACUUUGUGACUGACAAUGUAACCAAGCAGGAGAUUGAUCUGAUGCUGGGACUUUUGCUGGGCUUUUGUAUAAGCUGGUUUCUGGUGUGGAUGGAUGGAGUUCUCCAUUAUGCUGUGCGAGCCUGGAGAACCAGCCGACGGUAUGACAAUUCGUGGUCUUGGAUUCCGAAAUUUUGUAACUUGAAGGAGUUCAGGAAACGUCACCACAGGCAGCACGAGGAGGCCACCGGGAACAUGGUGCACAUCAAGCAGAAGCUGUACCACAAUGGACAUCCCAGCCCCCGACACCUCUGAGAAACGCCUUCCCCUCCAGAGGCUGCAAAGCCAUUUUAGAACUGGGCUUCUAGGGGAGCGUCUGUGAGUUCACUCCUCCAUGGAAGACAGUGGAGGACACCAUUUUAUUUACCUAGGCGGGGUGAUUCUGAGGCACGCCGCGAAUGCACAACUAAGCCAGUUCUGGCUGCAAGGCAGCCAAGACAUUGCACUGUGUUCAUCGUUUUAUUGUCAGACUUCUGUAGAUAUGUAAAAAAAAAAAAGGGGGGGGGGGAAGAUUUGCAUUAUACUUCCAAAUCCCCGUCCCCACUGUUUGAAGUUCUCCUGCACCUUCAGUGUACCUCUUUUGGAAUCUGUUCUCCUAGGGAUCUGCCCUCAGAAGACGUUAACGAUGAUCAGUCGAAAGCUAGAAGGCCUUUCAAAUUGUUUUGCUCCAUGAUGUUUCCUUUCUUAGGAUGAUUCAUGCCGCCGCAGGUUUGGAUGGGGGCUCGUGCUGGCGCGUUUCCAAGGUGCAGUGUCCCUUUUUCUUUUGGCUUUUAGUUGUUUAUUUUUUGCGGUCAAUGAAGUUCUAGAAAUACAUAAAUGAUUUGUUCUUCCUGUUGGUCUACAGCGAACCCUGCCUUAAGCAAAGGCCCCCUAGGAAGCUGCAAAGAAAUCACCCACCAACCAAUGGGAUUUUAGCAUUUUAAGAGGGCUGAUCCUGCUCCACCUUGCACCAGUUUUAUGUUGGUGUCACUCCAUUGACUUCACUGCUGUCACUCCGUGUUUACACCAGCAUGAGAGGAGAAUUGAAGCCAGGGCCUUGGAUGGGGUUGCUCCCAGGGCAAGAGAGGAGAAUAAAACUCAGAGAUAAGUGAAGUUACAUCCCCCAUAAGCAAGAGGAAAAAUCAGGCCCACCACUUGCUAUAUAAAUGUUGUCAGUCGUUCACCACACCCCCGGGAGGAAGUGACGUAUCACCCCCAUGUGACCAAAGGGGAAACUGAGGCACAGAGAAGGGCUGUGCCAGUGAGUCAGUGGCAGAGGUGGGAGUAGGCCCUGGAGACUCCCUGCCCCUACUGUGAGUAAGGGGCGAGGGGCUGGCCCCAAGACCUGACGGGCGAGUCCUGUAUGACACUCAUUUCUAAUGAGGGCCUGUUGUAGUAUUUAGUGGGCUUGAGUUUAAAGGGCAGGGGAAAAAAACGUGUUGAACCGUACCGGGAAAAAUGAAUGUCCCUUCUGUGAAUUCUUGGAUUCUGUGCGAACCCGCCUCGGUCUUGAUUGCAAUGUCUGGGUGGGGGAAAAAAGAAACCAACACACACAAAAACCCCGUUUGUCUUAUUUUUAAUUGGCUUCCUCUGUCUGCGACCAGUUUAAUUUAGAAAACAAAACGCAGACCCAGAGCUUCGAUAUUUCAUAGCACAUCUGGCCUUGUAGUCACACCUCCUGUCUGGUUGGAAAAUACGUGGCCAGCUGAUCCACAUCGGUGCUUGUGCGUUUGUCAUUUAAGGCUUCCUGGCUGUAGGCACUUGGAAGUGUUUGGUUGGGAGAAGCUCCUUUCCAAGGCAAAGGGUGUUACAGCCGGGGUGGGUGAAAUGACUCCUGUGAAUUGGGCCUUAUGGGCUAAAUCCUCAGCUGGUGUAAACUGGCAUUGACUUUAGCUGAGGAGCUGGCCCCUUGCCGUCAAUGGAGACUGGCUAGCAAGCUGUCUUGGAUGGUUUAGACGCAACAAAUCCUGUGUCUGGACAGAGGGUUAGACUAGAUGACCCGGGCGGGACUUUCUAACUCUGUGAUUCUAUGACGCCAAUGUACACAACCCGAGGAUCUGCCUUUCAUUUUUUUUAAUAUGUAAAAUGGCCCUGUGGAAGAAAACGAGCUUUACAUCAGCCUUCCACAGGGAGCCUGCCACAGCGGCGAGCGGAACGAGGUGAUCCCAGGCCAGGCUGCAUUAGAACUGUAGCUCUGCUCUGCACAUCGAUUUUGUGUUGCUGUUUCACGCGCGACACAGCUUACCAAUGAAAAGUGCCCAGGGAUGGCUCGUGCUGCUCCAGCCGUGUGCGAGUUUCAGGCCAGGUCCUGCCUCUCGCCCGGAGGAAGCGAAAUCCUCCACCAUGCACGGGGCUGUGUCCAUUUUCCAUCUGGCCUCUUUUCCAUACACAGACUAGUUUAGUUCCUGCCCCCCACCCCCACCCCACAGCCCUCCCUGAGCAAUGGCAGGCUGUGGGCGUGAUGCCCAAACCUGGCUAAGCCUCACGCCGUGGAAAAGAGCACAUCCUCACAGCACAGGGUCUGACGCCCCCCCCCGGCCACUGCAGGCAGUGGCAAUAUGCAGUGAAUUUAAUGCACUUUGCAACAGGCAUAUUCAGCAAAAAGCAGCUGGGCCAUAGGCACCUCUAUGCAAAAAGGUCGGUGCGCCCCUUAUGCCCGGAGGUUGCUGGGUGGAGCCUCUGCACAGGUGUGAAUUCACCACCUCCAGGGUCAUUCUUAUGUAUGUUGCACCCGCAUGACUUUGUUGGCCUGAUUCGCUUCUCCCAGUGGUUUCCCGGGGUGGGGGGUUCCAUGACCGUCACUAGAGCUACUUCAGAUUUCCCCCAGUGUAACAGCGGUCGGACCAGGGCCCACUCCCAGGAGGGGAAAACGUGUGCUACAGCUGGGCACUUCGUGAAUGUUGGGCCCUAGGGACCGAAUGGUGAUGUUCAUGCCUGCAGAGCGGCAGCAGCCAGCCUAGCCUCCGGGGUUACGGGCACUCCUAAUGGCAUGGCCGUGCCGGACUUUUUCCGCUGAGGCAGCGCUCCCAGGCGGCUCCAGAGAAGCAUUAGGUAAAAGAGUGCUGGUUCUUUGGUGGUUUGUUUUUUUAAGAGCCCCCGUGGCCCCCCCCCCUAGUAUCAACCCAAUGAGCAUUAACGGGGUGGAAAUUCCAAAGCGUUUUGAUGGCGCAGAAUCGAGGCCCAUCCCAUCCCCAGUGCCGGUCUUCCCUGGCCUUGACUGCCGACGUCUGAGUGUGUGGGCUAGUGUUCUGUUGUCCAGUUGAGCCCGUUACUGUUGCUUGCAGCUCAGCUGUUUGUGACGUCUCCUGUCCUGGCGUCCCCCUUCCCCGUGCACGUGUCUGUUUUGCUUCUGCCUGGAUGUUUGUGUGGGGUGUUUUUCCCCAUUUAAUUGUCUGAAGUGUAAUAAUAGUGGCUUGUUCGUUGUGAUCUUGCCUCUGAUCCAGUCUAAAAACCACAGACAGCGAGAAGCGGGGGGCCUAGGUAGUAAGGAACGUCUGGAAAGCAGGGCUCAGGGUGGGUAAAGAGCAGGUGGGUCCUAGGGAAUGGGGAAGCCUGGGCAGCAAGCUUAGCGUGUAGCCUGUGAUGGCAGCUACAGAGGGACGGGGCCUGGGUAGCGCUGCAUGCGGCUUAGUGCUCAGGAAGCAGCUGCUUUGGAGAAGGUUUCGGCAGAAGGGGAAUUUUCUGCAGCCUCAGGAGGGGCUAUUUUUAGAGCAGACGGAGCUUAAAACUGUCUCUCUGCAUUUGAUCUCAAGAGCAGGGAUUGGAACUAACAUUUUCCCCUGUAAUUUCAGACCAAGAGGCCCUGUGAUUCUACCACCUUCAAUAAAGAACAGAGGCAUGCUCCUGUAAGGGCUUUAGCAAAGGAGACGGGCCUGCUGACGUCCCCCAAAGCCUGCCAGCAGCCCCUCUUUAAAGUCAAGCCUCCUGUGCCCAGCUCUAUGGACUAGUCCCCAGCUCCUCAAUGAAAUCCCUGCAGAUCAUGGUAUUUAGACUCAAUUCUGUCCAUCCCUAGUUCUGGGCUUUCUUUCUCUUACUUCUUUCUUUAGGCUUAAAAGACCCAUACUUGACACAGGCAGGUCUUUGUUCCUGACAAGCCACUCCACUCCUUUUGUUUAGUUUCCCCCUCUGACAUCAUCAUCACCCUCCCUGACAUCAGGUUUCGUUUCUGCUGAGCUUGGCGGCUUAUAGGUUAGGAAGAAGUGUCAGGCAAUGGGUUUAAUGGUGCUGCACCAGGGCGAUGUGGUGGCUUAUUGGUUAGAGCACUCAGGUGGGCAGGGUUUUAUUUUCAGCUGUGCCCCAGUCCUGGUGGGUGACCUUGGGCAAAGCCAGUCACUGCCCUGUGCCUCAGUUUCCCCAUCUGUGAAAUGGGGGUGAUGAUACUGACCUCCUUUAUAAAGUGCUUUGAGCUCUACUGAGGAACAGCACUAGGGGAGUUAGAUAUAAUAUGAGGGAGGGUUUUGACACCUUAGUUCUAUGCACAAGUCUUCCCUACAGAGGGAAAAGAAAUGCCUAAAGUAUCCGCUAAGAAACCAGACGGGGGAUUCAGGUCUGGGCUGAGCACCAGCACAAGACCCAUAUCUCAUGGGUAUCACCAUUUUCCCAGUCGCACUGGCCCUCGGGGGGGAAAGGGUGUGAUCUCAUUCCCUUACACUAGAAUAGCAGUGGGCCAGCCCAGCAGAAAUCAGAGCCCCAUUGCGCCAGGAAGUGACAGUUCUCCCCUCAAAGAGCUCAGAGCCCAAAUGGUGGCAAAAGAGAGGCAGAGGGAAGUGACUUGCCCCAAGUGCCCCAGCAGCUCAAGGGCAGAGCUGGGACAUUGAGCCCAGUUGAGUACUCUAUCCACUAGGCAAUGCUGCCUCUGCAUUAACUGGGUUUUUUUGUCGGGGGAGGCAUGUUGGGGAGGUUUUCAGGAUGGGAGCUUGAAGAGGGAGUCAAGAGCAUUCUGGAGCAGCUGCUUUAAAACCUUGUGUACACUAGGGAAAUUAUGCAGCUAUUUCAUAGACUCAUAGACAUGCAGGGCUGGAAGCGCCCUAGAGCGGACAUCUAGUCCAGCCUCCCACAGUCAGGCAGGCUCAACUAAACCUAGCGCCUCCCUGACGUGUUCCUCUAAUUACAAUGAUGGGGCUUCCACACCCUCCCUUGCUAACCCCUUGCAGAGCGUAAUUGCCCUUAAGAGUUCGAAAGCUUUUCCUGCUAGCUGACCUAAAUUGCACUUGCUGCAGAUUACGCCCAUUACUUCUUGUCCUACUUUCAGUGGACAUGAGCUUAAAUGCUCAUAGUUCUCUUUACGACAGCCGUUAACACGCUUGAAGACCACUAUCAGGUCCAGCCUCAGGUCUCUUUUCGGGGGACUAAGGGCGCUCCAGUUGUUUAACCUCUCCCCCUAGGUCAGGUUUUCUGUUGUCAUUUUUGUUGCUUUCCUCUGCAAUUUGUCCACCUCUUUCCUAAAGCAUGGCACUCAAAACUAGACAGUACGAAACCAGCUGAGGCCUCACCAGGACCCCAUAGAGCAGGACAGAUCCCUGCCGUGUCUUACACACAACACUCCUGUUACUUCAUGCUAGUGCCCGUGGCAGCCUGAGGCUACGUCUACACGGCCAAAAGAAAAGGGGGAGGGGGCGGAGGGGGCGAAGUCAGGUUAAAAUAACAGCAAAGACACAGCCACGUGGCUUUUAACUGGGGUGAGCAGCUUGAGUUACACCGGCGUUGGCAAACCAGAGUUAAAAGCCAACUUGCCGUGUAGACAUCCCCUGAGGCAGAUGGGCAGGCUCUCAUCGAACCCUGCUUACAGCAGCUCUCGUUAACCUGGGGUGUCAAAUGCCAGUGGCCUCCCAUCACAGCUUAAGUCUCACUGAAAGUCAAUGGGACUUAGGCACUUUUGAAAACGCACAUUCGGGACCAGUCUUGAUGCUGCAGACCCCGCUGGUCUGAUUCAGUGAGCCUGGGCACAGCUCUGAGCUGUAGGCGAGCUAUUGGAAAACGCUGGGGCUGCAACGCAUGCAUGCCCGGGGUGGCGUUUUUGUGUUUCAAUACCUAGGGCAGGAGCGGGGAGUGCAGGAAAGGAAGUUGAAGAGGUGCUGUGAUGCUGAGCUGUCAGUUCACUGCGUUCUGGUGGAGCUUUCAUGGUAAGAUUCCAGUCGUGUUGCUGUUUCUGUCUGGGUAAAAGCGUGAGUUAAUUUCUCCCUGGGUUGGUGUGUGUAGGCGUUCCCAUUUGUAUCACACGCUAUGUUUUCCAUACUAUCCUCCAUUCUAUGGCCAUAUUUAUUUUUAACUGUGGUCGCUCAUUUUGUUCCCUUCUUCAAGCAGAGCACUGUGAUUUAUGCUAAGAAACGAUGCAGGCACCAUGAGUGAUUAGUGUCACCCCAAAGGCCUCAAUCCUGUGAGGUGCUGAGCACCCUUCGUUCACAAUGACUAAGGCAGCAGAGUCUCUUACAGGAUCAAGGCGGUUCUAACAACGCUCCUCUAUGGGGACACUGUAGCAAAACUUGAAGUAAUACUUCCCUCAAUUUGUAGUCCCGCUCUACCUGUUUUCUACACCCAAAAACAAUUUUGCACACAUCAAAUAGAGAAGUAGGCUCAGCCUACGUUGGUAUUUCCCGAGAGACAGAGAGAGAUUACGCUCUUAUGGAUUUAAUCCUGCAAUAAUCUCUCCUGCGAUCUGAGAAGCAAUAAUGGCUAAUUUUCUUUUUGAUGCGCUUGCAUAAAUGAAUGUCAUCUGCGUUUUGUAUUCUCCUGGACGUUGGGCUCGGAGCUGUGCUGUUUCUGCGCUGAGUGAAGGGGAGGGUGAGCAGCUCCUACUGAAAGCUUCAGCAAGCUUUAUGGGUGGGGGGCACACUGUGAUUUUUUGGGGGGUGGGGUGGGGUGGGGGGGAGGUCAACAAGUGAAUGUAUUUCAGCCAAGCCUUCCCUUUCGAUAAUGUUUGUAUAAUAGGUGAUCGAUUUAGCCGCCUGAAACCAAGCCCAUCCUUUGCUGUUUGUCAGUAAAAUAGUUUUUUGC